AGAGCUGCCUCUUGGAGACCUGCCUGGUCCUCCCUGGUGCACUCUUCCAGCAUCUCCAGAAACCUUGAGUUUGGUUAGUCCCUGGAGCAGUUUGUAAGAACCAGAGAGUGGCAAAGGCGGCCUGGGAGGGUCAGCAAAGCCUGUCUGCUGCACGAGGAAAGUCUUGGCAGCAGAUGGGAUCUGUGAUCAUCACCAGAGGAGUUUGGUGUCUCCCUGGUCACUCCUCAAAUGUUCUUGGUCCCUGGGAUAGCUCUGCUGAUUUGGCUUCACUUUAGUAGAGAGGGACCCAGUUACCUUCUUCAAGCUCUUGCUGACCUUGUGUUGCACCAUCUGGCCAUCGGCCUUGGCCAUGGGGAUGGGAUGGACACGGGCUCUUGGGGGGUCUUUUUUCCUUGUCACCAAGGCAGCUCUGCUUUCUACCAAUGGAUGGUGCCAGUAGCAACUUCCACCUUCUUCCAGGCCAGCGGGACAUAACCCUGAGUGGCCACUUCUUGCCAUCGUGACUCAUUUGUUUCCCUCGCGAGGCCUAGAGCUGGGGGCGAGAAAACAAGAGCCCGAGUCUCUCUCUUGAGAACACGAGGGGAUUUUUAAACCCCAGUGACCAAAUUUCCCCCCCAGGGCCCCUUUUCUCCUCUUCCCCACGGGAGCAACCCCCGUUUGGCACCAAGGCCGGCGCACGAGCCGUCCCUCCGCUGCCAUUGCCGCGGCCUUUCCCGCAUCGGCGGCGAACCGAGGCUGCCCUUGGCUGCCCCCAAAGCUGUACCUGUGCCUGCACAUCAAUGCCCGUCUCCAGCAGGCGCCCUCGGAGCUUGAAAGCCCUUCCUGCCCGCGGGGUCGUGCCCCACCAGCGUGGGGUUCCCCGCGCCGUGCCGGGGCCCUGCGCUUCAAUCGCGGGAGGAGGAAACGCUUCCCCUUGAUCGGGAGGGAUAAGAAUAGCGAGCGGCAGGUGGGGUGCGGAUGAAAGGCGGCCGGCUCUCGUUCUUCCCCCCGCCCCGGGCCGAUCUGCCCCCUUCUCUUUGCGAGCCAUAAUUGCGUGGCACGGCCGCAGACGAGUGUCACGCUCCACCAAAGGCCGAGCGCGGCGAGGCCACGGCUCCGGGCUCGCCAGCAAUGAGCGGGGAGGCGGCGAGGAGGCUUUUGAUCCCGCUCUUCUUCCUCUGACGUGCUGGAGGAUUAUCAGGCUCUGAGGAAGGUAUUUCUCCAGCUUGAGCUUUCCCUCGCUCUGCAAAGGAGGCCGAUUGCUGCCCUGCCAUUGCCAGGGGCCAGAGCAGCACGUGGUGGCAGCGCCGGUCCUUCCCCCAGGAGAUGCCAAGGCCAGACCAAACCCAUCACCCGGCCAUUGCCAUGGUGGACACCUCUGUGACCCUUCCUGACGUGGUCCCUGACUUUUUGGUGGCUUCUGCUCCUAGAGGUCGUACUGGAGACAGCCUGGCCUGGGUUCCGGAGCCCUCGGCGGUGUUGUGACACAUCAGCAUUGUGAUUUCCAAGCCCAGCAGCUGUGGUGGGGCACGGUGGCCUCCUGCUUCCCUGUGUUUUUUCAGGUGCUUCCUCUGGCUUUGCUUUCAUUAAUUUAUCACACGCACACAGAGCGUAAGUGGGCUCGAACCUCCAUCUCCAGCAGCUGAAAUCCAAUAAUUGCCCAGAGUAUCCCACCUGGAGGAGCGUUCCCGGCUGGUCGGCAAAUUGUGAAGAAGUUCACUGUAUCCCUUAGAGCGAGAAAUUAUCCUGGAGUGUAAGUUCUGGCUCCAGCAGCCUUACAGGUGCCCAGGUGAACCUGCCCCAGCCAGGCCCCAAAAGGGCUGGUGGACACGGGGGCAGCCAGGCUCUGGGGAGCCACCAGGACAGCUCCUCACUGGGAAAAACCCAAUAGUUUGGGGAUAGACUAUUUCACUAGAUUAGAGAAGAGGUGAAGCACCCUGAACUCUGCCCCAGCACCACUCACAGGGCAGACUGUUCCGGGGAAGGCGGCUGUGCCUCUCAGCGCGUUCCCCCAAUGCCAUCUAGUGUCUGCUCCGGCGGCCCCGGGCAGUUAUUUUAAGGCGUCUGAGCUGAUUUAUUGCAGAAGGCUCUUUGAGGGCCAACAGGCUGCCCGGGCUGAUUAUUAACAGCAACACGAAUAACUACCCAGUGGACGCACAGGCUGGGCUGGAUUAUUUUUAUUAUCGCUCCCGUUUCGCACUAAAAGCCCACCCCGGCAGGAUGGAGUGUGAGGAUGCAGUGCCACCUCCGGGGUGAUUAAAGUCUUUCAGCCUUCAGCCACCGGUCUUGUAGCCUCGACAUCACCUGAGGCUUAAUCACUCAGAAAAGUGCUGUCAUGUCCUAUUGUCGCCGUAUUGGGAGCGCGACCUCUUUCCCAUUUAGCUGCCAUCUCAAAAUAAUGUAACUUGCCGGGGGACAGGCGUGACUCAGGAGACUGGUAAUGGGAUAUAAAGACUCUGACCUGCGGGUCGCCCAUUCGGAUGCUGCCAAGGUCAGCGGGAAGGACAGAGAUGUCAUUUGCACGGUGAUUAUUUGGCCAAACAACCCAAAAGAGGCGUUAAGGGGCCCAUCAGCGGCAGUCAGCAGGGCUGAGGGCUGGGUUGGACUCUGCUCCUACUGGGAGAGCAUCCAAGUCCCCCAACCCCUCCCCGAGUUUUGGGACUGUGUGACUGCCCGCGGCCCCCUCCAACUAAAGGAGUUCUUCCUUUCUUCCUUUGCCUCCACUGCAGGGGCAGGGUCUGCACAGGCUGAGACACUCUUAUUUCAGCCUUUUUAGGGGCAAAGUGCCACAGCAGCAUCUCCCUCCUGUGCCCCACUCAUCUGCUCCCAGAACAGAGAAAGGUUUCUCAGCCCUGGCCCUUGCUCUGCUCCCCACCAUCAGCUGCCAUGAUUUAGGUCCCUGAGAACCUCAUCUCCAUCCCCAGCCACCGCUGACCACGUGAAUUUAUCUCCUCGGUAAGCAAACCACCUCAUCGAGGCAGUUUGAGUGUGUGAUUAAUUAAGGUCUCCCUAGGAAUGAGGUUACUCCCUGCAGCCUCACGUAUAAAUCCAUGAUUAAUGGGUGCUGGGUCAGGCAGGGGUUGCCUGCUCUCAUCCAGACAGGCCACGAACACGGAUUUUCCGUGGAAAAGCUUCUAAACAAUCCCGUGGGAUGGGGAGUGCAGCUGGCAGCACGGUGGGCAGCCACAGGGCUGGAGAAGGGGGGUACCAGGGCUGAGCCGGGCACGGCAGAGCCAGUUUGACCCCAAUAUCCAGGAGUGCUCACACCACUCUCCCGGCGGCUGAGCCGACAUCCAGCCCGCUCUGUGUGUUUAAUUUUCACUAAUCUGUUUGGGUUCUCUUAAUUAUCAGCAAACAAACAAGGUGCCUUCCUCUCGGAAUAACCGCGGUGCUGGGCACAGGGAGCAGCGGGUGGCGGGGCUGUGCCAACAGCCCUUCCCUGCCGCUCACCCCGCUCCAGAACUUCACCCAGGACCUGUUUGUGUGUCUCGAUCCAGCGUCAGUAGUGGGGUCCCGCCCUGCCAAGCAGCAUCAGCGUGCAGCAUCUCCGGCAGCAGCAGCGAUUCCUGCUGAGCUGGUGUGGAAAAGCCUUCGCAGUCACCGUGUGCUCCGGAGCUGGAGGAGGCUUUAAGCACGAGGCUCUUAAACAAGAUGAAAACAGCCCUUCCCUUCUGCUCUUUCAUGCUGCCAGAGCCCUCGGGUCGUGUCGGGGCCUGGCUCUCCGUGGGCUGACAGGUUUCCUAACUCCCCUCCCUGCACCGUCAGCACAGGAUCAGGAACAGCAAAUUCCAGUUGCAGCAGCUGGAGGAGGUGGAAGCCCAGCACCAGCCAGUGCCUCUGGGAAGCAGCCCCUGGCUUUGUCCCCCAAAACAUCCUCAGGAGCAUCAGUGAGCUGGAGAAAACCCUGUGCAGCGGGAAAAUGCGUCUGGUGCCGUUUACCUGCUGCCUCCUCCAGAGCUGGCUGUGCUGUUUGAUUCAUGUCAGCAGCUUGGCUGGUGACUGCGGGAUGAAUGACGCUAUAUAAAUGCAAAGUGUUAUUAAUAUUUCAUGUUGUAGUGAAAAUGUACUAAUAGGGCUUGUUCCUGGAAGAUAAAGUGCUGCCAUUAAUACACCUCCGUGUCCCCAGCACCGGGGACUCACCUGUGGAGGGGUGGAGGGGCUCUACCUGGAGCAGAAAACGCCCAUCUCACCUGGCAGCUCCCCAAAAGAGGGGAUUUUAACCCAGAAAGCCACAAGAGCCACUGCAGACACCCAUAAAAUUAGGGGCACGUGGGGUAGAACAUCCCCCCACCCACUGCUGGGUGCUGCUGGGUGGGGGCUGCUCUGGGCCCUCCCUGCCUGCCCGUGGGGGACACAGCCCCUGGGAACUCCCUUCACGGCACAGCCACUACACAGGCAUGUUAAAAAAAAAUAAAAACGGGCUUGUUUGAUUUCAAACUGCAGAACUCUUCCCUGGAGCCAUCCGCAAACACUGGUAAUUUACUUUACAGCUGUUUAGAUUUGUUUCUCUGCGGUUUUUCUUUUUUUUUUUAAACCCCAGCAGAAUUGCAAAUGAAACGUGUGUUUGCUCCUCAAAUGACUCCGGCAGCACCUGAACUCCUGCACCCCACACCUUCUCCUUGGAACCACACCUGCUCCUUGGACCCCCACCCCUCUGACCCCCAUCCCUGUGCCCCAGAGCUGUGAGACAGGGGCCAGACCUCAAAGAGGCGGUUCUCUGAGUUGGGGGCUCAUCCUGGGAGGGCUCCAUGCUCUGGCAUCAGGGAGGGGUGAUGGGGAAGAGGCUUGUGCCAGCUUGCAGACGAGGGGACCAUAGAUAAGCAGUUUAUUAAUUCCCAGUAAAAUAAUCAGCUACCACCCACUUGUCAGAGGGUGGGGAGGGAUAAAGGCUCUCCUAAAGUAUUGCCAUGGUGCAAAGUUUGAGUAAAGAAAGGAUUACAAAGGGAGGUGUUCGACUCCUGGUGCCGUGGGCAGGGGCUCCCAGGGCUUUGGCCGUGUUGGAGCAAGGGCUGAUGGGUGCAGGGAAGGGAUGGAGGGACCCCAGGUUGUACAGGGCACCCCAACAUCCCUGCAGCAUCUGAGAGCAGACAGCCCUUCCCUGCACAGCACCAGGUCAGCCCAGCACACUGUGGGGCCGCCCUUCGCCUCGGGAAAUCGGGCAGCUUAUGGGACACGUGGGGAUCUGCCUGGAGCCUCAUCCCUUCCCUCUGGGAAUCUCCUCCUCGCUCCCAGGAGCCCGGGAAUGACUCAUGUGGUGCCUCUUGCACAGGCGAUGCGUUCCUGCCAAGAGCAAGCACCGACCUGCAGCAGCGCCGGCCUCGGCGAGGGACACCUCGGGCCAGCUAACGGGAUCGGGGAGCCAUGAACUGGAGCGCGUUCGAGGGGCUCCUCAGCGGGGUCAACAAAUACUCCACAGCCUUCGGCCGCAUCUGGCUCUCCCUCGUCUUCAUCUUCCGCCUGCUGGUCUACGUGGUGGCGGCCGAGCGGGUCUGGAGCGACGACCACAAGGACUUUGACUGCAACACUCUGCAGCCGGGCUGCACCAACGUCUGCUUCGACCACUUCUUCCCCGUGUCCCACAUCCGCCUCUGGGCCCUGCAGCUCAUCCUGGUGACGUGUCCGUCCCUCCUGGUCAUCAUGCACGUGGCCUACCGGGAGGCCAAGGCGCAGAGGCUGCGCGAGGCCGGCGGGGACGGCUGCCAGCGCCGCCUCUUCACCGACCCCGGCAAGAAGCGGGGCGGGCUGUGGUGGACGUACCUGCUCAGCCUCAUCUUCAAGGCCGGCGUGGACGUGGUCUUCCUCUACAUCUUCUACCGCCUCUACAGGAACUACACCCUGCCCCGGCUGGUGAAGUGCGAGCUGCCCCCCUGCCCCAACGUGGUGGACUGCUUCAUCUCCCGGCCCACCGAGAAGAACAUCUUCACCCUCUUCAUGGUGGUCACCGCCUGCGUCUGCGUCGUGCUGAGCCUCGCCGAGGCCGCCUACCUGAUCGGCAAGCGGUGCCGGGAGUGCCUGCAGGCUGGUGGUGGGCAGAGCCGGCGGCACAGCCAGGACUGCCCGCUGCCCGGCGCCGAGCCCGUGGGCACGGCCGGACAGGUUUUCCAUGGGGUGGACUACAAACCCCCCACGGCCACCAUCCCACCCACGGCGUCCUGCCCCAGCACGGCGUCCGAGGAGGAGGCUCUUUCCUAGGGCUGCCCAGGAGAAAGCAGGAGCCUCUCACCUGCCGGGCACCUUCAUCCCCCUCUUCCUCCUCCAUCCCCCGGCACAGGAGCGCUGGUGGGGGCAGUGCCCUGGAGUUGGGCUGUGCCUGAGGAGUCUCUGCUUCUCCUGUUCUGGGGAAGACACGUGACAUCGUCCUGCUGAAUUUGGGGUAAACCACGUGCUGUAGGACACGUGCAGUGCCCGAGAGCCACAGGGACCAGCAGCUCCGUGGCAGCUGUGAACUGGCAGCAGUGCCCAGCCUUUGAGCUGGACAGACACUCUGAUCCCCCAAGGAACCCAUCUCCCUAUCCCUCAGCCUAAAUCAGCCACGGUGUGGGUGCCAGGGCCAUCUCAGACUGAUGCAAUCAUCAUUAAUGACACUCAUUAGCCGAGUGGGGACAAGAGCAGGUCCCUGGUGCCGCAGCCACCGCGGGGAAGCGCAGGCGUGAGGAUCCCGCCGGGCAGGCAGCGCCCGCCGUGGGCUGCUGGAUCAUCCUGCCUGGCCAGAGGACAACACCCCAGCAAAACAGCUGAGUACAGGAGAGGAAAAACACCCCAACCAUUGAUUAAACAGUAACAUUAAAUGGCAGAAUCUGAUCUCAGUUAUUGCUGUAACGUGUCGCGCUGGGCCGUGACGUGAGCGGCACUGUCCUUUUGGAGGCCAUCCCCAAGCAUUAGCUGGGAUGAAUAAUUCACAACAAUUUCAUGGCAAAUGCACUCGUAAGUAGCAUUAACAUCGAACAUGUAGCUCAAUCUGUUUCUCUUUAUUUAGGGGGUGUGAUUAUUAUUUUUUCCAUGAGCAGGGACAGCACUCGCUGGCUCUGCCCCAAAGGAAGCAGCACAGGGAGCGAGGGAACACCAUCCCUGUGUCCUUUAGGAUCAGGGCCGUUCUUGGUGACAGUUCAUUGCAGCUACUGCUGCUCCAACAAACCAGCUCCCACUUGGGCAAAGCUGAGCCCCUUCCCACAGCCCACCUUGGGAAAGGACCAGCUGGAUGUGCUGGAGGGGGAGGCAGAGGGACCUCUGUGGCCAGGGGGAUGCCAAGGGCAGGCAGGGCUGGGGGGCUGCCAAGGGCAGGCAGGGCUGCAGCACUGCUGGAUGGGAGGGCAGGGCCUGAACCAGCCACCCCAUAAGGGUGAGGAUGGUGGAGAAGCCCUGGGGGCAUCCCAGCCAUCAGCCCAGAACCCUCUGGGCACGCAGCAGCUCCUUGUGCUGACACCACCGAGGCUGGAAACCUUUGAGGUGAGAGGCAGAUGGUAGAACACAGGUAGGUUUUUUUCCCACCUCCUUCUAUGUGAAGCUGUGCUUGGUGUCUGCCUCCCUCUCGUGCGCUCCCAUUGCUGGAUCAGGCACCCAAAAGUUUUCUUUGCUGAGGCCUCUCACGCCAGAGAGAACACAGAGUUGUUCUUUGUGUGCGAGCCGUUGCCCCGAUUUAAAGAGCAUGGGCUGGGCUGUUUGUUUUCCAGCAAGGUUGGCUGCUCCUGCUCCGGGCUGUCCCGUGGGUGAAACCCCGAGGUGUUCCCUGUGCAGGCACUAAUGGGGCAGAUGAGCCCCAGGAGAACCUCCCUGUCCCACUUCCCCACAUCAAAGCACAGCUGGAGCUGCUGCCCCGCUGCCAGAGACCUGAAGAUCCAGUUGCUGGGUGUUGUUGUGCAGUUCUGUGGUGCUCAGGGCAGACAUUGCAGCUGCUCCACAGAGCUCGGGGUGUCUUGCACCACCCAGGCUUGGGAUCAGCCCUGACCAGCCCCACAAACGGGAGUGUUUGGCUGGUUCUUUCUGAUGUGUUUCCCCUCGAGUUGCCCCGGUCGUUGGUGCAGAAACGGGGCUCUGGGAGCUGGGACAUGUCCUGGGAUACAGAGGCAGGACCAGUGUCAGCAAAGCAAAUAAACUGGGAGGUGUCAAAAUAAAAGCUGACUGUUUUCUAGACUUUGCAUCAUCACACAGGGAUUCCCCCUGUAUGUUCUUGUGGGGUCCCAGAAGAGCCCCUGAAUCCAGGGGAGGGGGGAUUUGAAAGAAACCCACCAGUAACUCCAACCCAGGCAGGGAUGUGGAGAGGACUGUGUGUGCAGGUCAGGGGUAGCCUGGCCUUCCCAGCUUGGGCUUGUUUCUUCCCUGGCCAAACCCCUCCUCUUUGCUGGGAAUUGAGG